AUGUCGUCUUCUCCGUGCCUGAGGACUCGCAUCUCCUCGCCCCUAGAGGCCGGGCCGUCCAUCGCGAACGGCCACCAUCUCCCCGGAAACGUCACGGAGGCCCUCGAGUAUGCCUCGAAGCGCCUGAGGAGGAAAGCCGCACACAUCAAGCUCCUGGUGGUCCGCCGGGAUUAUCAGAUCCCGACCUCGCCCACCUUUUCGACAUUCACUCCCGGUCCGCUUCCUGUCUCGGCCGUCAGCACACCAUCCCGGACCGUCUUCCCCCCUGUUUCAAGGAUCGAAGCUCUCAAGCAGCUCAUCCGACCCAGCAACCCUUCAGGAGAAGGGCAAAUACGUGAAAGGAUAGUCCACGCUCACCUAGACCAACUCCGCAAUGGUACUGCCUCGCCUGCCUUCAGUGAGGCUUCCGCUUUUUCAGCCUCGACCGUCUCAUCGGCAUCGACGACCGAUUCGACGUUCAGCCAGCAAAGGUCACGGUGGCCGGGCAGCCCGACGCCAUAUGGGAGUGUACCCGUGACACCCGCAACUCCCUUCACCAUCAUGUCGUCAUUGUCUGGGUCAGAGGCCAGCAACAUGACUCACUUUGGCACCAAGCUUGUUUACGCGCACCCGUUGAGCCCUCGGGAAGAGAAGAGUCUUUCUCAAGCACUGGAGAAGGCGGCUAAGAAGUUCAAGCUUGAUCCCAGCUGGCUUCCACAAGCGGUAUCCCCUUCAACGCUUGGGCUCCCAGUCGACUUGGUCUUGAAGUCUACUACGCAAAACGAAGUCCUCUUCACCUCAGAGCACCUCACUCUCCUCUCUCUCGACCACCUGUACACCUUCCGCGCGGCCCUGCAGGCCUACGCACGAUCAAAGGCUGUCUGCCGGCUCGAGGACGCUGUCGACGAGCUGCGACGACUCUUCCUCGCGAAUGGCCGCCGUGCUGUGCGGAAGAGUGCCCUCCUGGCCGCCUUCCGGUGGCUCGACCCGCUCAACGACGCCGCGCUGGCCGAUGUCUGCCGCAUGUACGAGCGGGCGUAUGGGGGGAUCGAGAGGGAAAACGGGGUUGAGAAUGAUGUUGACCCCACACCGGGGUGGCCGCUGUGUGACACCAAGCGCAGCUCGGGUAAUACCGAAGGGUCGCUUGGAAGCAGGACGAAAACACCCACGCCCACGCCCGGAUCUAUUUCACGUAGCCUCGCUCGUGAAGCCACACCUCCAUCUCAAGAUGAAGAACCGGAACCGGAGCUCCAGGUUCUCGAUCUCACCAAUGCCCUCGACAAGGAACUCCUGCUUUCUAGCCACGAUCUACACCCUGACGACCGCUCGGACCUCGACGACAUCGAAGCCUGGUACCGUGAAAUCGAACUCCAACAAGAAGACAACAGCCCUACACCCGAAAUUGAAAUCAGCAUAACCCCCUCUGAGGCUCCAGAAAUCGUCGAAAUCCCGCCACCACCCUGCACACCACCUCCUCCGCCACCGACAUCUGCGACCUACCGCAACCGUCCAUGGCAUCAGCCCGAAGAACCUAGCCUCUCUGAAAUGCUCCGCACCACACCGCGUCUACGUCCGCCACCACCGGGACGUUCGCUUGCGCUCAAGCUGCAGACGACAUUUGAGAAGCCAACGGCAGUAGGGAAAAAGGAACUGUUGGGUGUGGGGAAACAACAGGGGUCUCAGGCGGGGAAUAAGGGGCAGGAUGAGGAGGAGGAAGAGGAAGAACUCACGGCGCGCCCACGCAGCGCAAUCAAGUCAUUCUCUAACGCGCGAUGGACGGUGGCACAUGGAAAUGGAAGCGCCGCAGCGACAAUUGAUGAGAUGCUGCACGGUGGAGCGUCAUCCUCAUCAACCUCGCUCGACCAAAGUCAGAAUCAGUCGCCGGAGGAGAGGGUCGGGCCGAUGACGCCGAACGGGUAUGAUGAUAUUUCGCCUAUUACGAGAGGGGAAUGGGGGUUUUUGAUGUUUGGGAAGGGGAAGACGGGAGGUGUGGAGAUGUGUUAA